CCUUGCCCGGCCCGCACCACAAGAUAAACUAGCUGACUGACUGACCGAGGAGUAAUAAUUACUGAUAGCUUCGUUAAACCCCUGAAAUCAAAAACCCUAAUCGAGAAAAUGGUGAUAAACCCACAGAAGCUCCUCUCUCUCCAAUCUUCAACGAGGUAUGUUUAUGUCAAUCCCAUUUCAAUCUCUCUCGCGACUAGUAAUUUCCUACUUCACUCUUGCUCACUCCAUUCAAAUCAGUCCACUGUAAAUUACAAUGAUAUACAAACUGUAUAUAACAUCAUAUGCACCUCAACCAAUACGAAUGACAUGAAAAAAUCACUUAAAUCAACCCAAAUAUUUCUGUCAAAUGACUUAAUUGAUAGUGUGCUAAAAAAGGCUAGGUUUAGUCACUCAAACCCAAGAAUUACAUUGGAUUUUUUCAAUUUAACUGCGCAGCGAAGAGGGUUUUUUCAUACUUCGUAUUCAGUUGAUACUAUGUUGUAUAUCUUGGGUAGAAAUAGGAGGUUUAGGGAAAUUUGGGAGGUUUUGGGGGAGAUUAAGAAAAAAGAUCAGUCUUUGAUUACACCGAGGACGGUUAUGGUUGUUUUGGGCCGGGUUGCGAAAAUUUGUUCAGUUAAGUUUACGGUUGAAAUGUUUAAGAAGUUUAGGAGGAUUGUUCCUGUGUUUGGGACAGAGUGUUAUAAUGGCUUGUUGAGGACUUUGUGUCAAGAAAAGAGUAUGAUCGACGCGAGGAAUGUGUAUCAUUCGUUGAAACACGAGUUUAAGCCGGAUUUGCAGACUUUUAAUAUAUUGUUGUCAGGGUGGAAGUCACCGGAGGAAGCGGAGAGUUUUUUUGGAGAGAUGCAAGGGUUGGGGGUAAAGCCGGAUGUUGUUUCGUAUAAUUGCUUGAUUGAUGUUUUUUGUAAGGGUAGAGAAGUUGAAAAGGCGUUUAAGGUGGUAGAUAAAAUGAGAGAGGAGGAUAUUGCACCGGAUGUGAUAUCAUAUACCAGUUUGAUCGGGGGUUUGGGGUUAGUUGGACAGCCGGAUAAAGCUAGAGAUCUUUUGAAGGGAAUGCAAGAGUAUGGAUGUUAUCCUGAUGUUGCUGCCUAUAAUGCUGUAAUUAGGAAUUAUUGUAUUGCAAAGAGGCUUGGUGAAGCUUAUAAAUUGUUGGAUGAAAUGGAGGGCAAAGGCUUGGACCCGAAUGCCACUACGUACAAUGUAAUCUUAAGGUCUUUAUAUUGGACUUUUGAUUUGAGAUCUUCUUGGAAUCUGUAUGAUAGAAUGAGGAGAACUGGAUGUAUGCCCAACACACAAUCUUGUAUGUUUCUGAUCAGGUUGAUUAAAAGGGAGGAGAAGGUUGAGCUAGCUCUUGAGCUAUGGGAUGACAUGGUGGAAAAGGGUUUCGGAUCCUACACCUUGGUUUCUGAUGUGUUGUUUGAUUUGCUUUGCGAUUGGGGGAAGCUAGUGGAAGCAGAGAGGUGUUUUUUGCAAAUGGUAGAGAAGGGGCAGAAGCCAAGCAACACUUCAUUCAGGAGGAUCAAGGUGCUUAUGGAAUUAACUAAUAAGCACGAUGCCCUUCAGAAUUUAUCAGCAAAAAUGGCUUCUUUUGGUACAUCAGUCCAAGUCUCUUUAGAUAAGCGUCCUUUAAAAGCAUAGAAUCUGACUUUAGUAGAUUAAGUUCAGAUGCAUGUAAUAUAAUCAUUGUCUUUGACAAAGCUCUGCAAAUGCACCUGGUUGAGGAGGAUGAAUUGGUUUCUGAUGUGAUGCUCAGGUAUCUGUAUCAUAGUAGAUGAUUUGCAUGUAUUGGACUCGGCUCUGACCUUGCACGUAAAGUCAAUUUCUUGUAAGCGGAAUUUUUGCAUGAAUGAAUCAAAUACUGAAUGGCAUGCAACUUUAUUCCAUCAAUCAAAUGUUAUAUAUAAUUACUUCCAACUUGCGAGAACAUGGAGAUAUUAUGUCAAGGCUAGUCUGUUGCUUGCAACAGAGCAUCAAAGAGCUUUCAUAAACCACAUUCUUUAUGUUGGUGUACCUAAUAUAUGUUUAUAGAAAAUGGAAUUGUUUGAAAGUUUUAUCAACUUU